ACGUGACCUCACUCACCAUUUUUCGCGCCAAUAUAUUCACGCGUCACACGAGUUACAUCGAAGUACCAUAAAACCUGCAAUCUGUGUGUUUGCCUUUUUUCCUUUUUAUCAUGGGGGUUUGUUUUUCAAGAAAAAAGGUCCCUGAUAAAGUUUAUAGAUAUUGGUCUGCUGUAGCAUCUUCUCUUCGCCUCGGCUGGAUCGGGACGGAUAACAUCAAGACGGAGAUGAAAACGUGCCAACUUGCUCUUCUCCCUAAUCUGUUGAACUCUUCAGCUGUAGAAGAAGAUUAUCUUGGCCUGGAGGAACAUUUUCGAGAGGGUGUUGAUGUGUCAUGUGGUGAUGAGCGACGUCGAACACCUUUACAUGUGGCAGCAGGAGAGGGCUACGUAGGCACUGUUCACUACUUGCUGCAGCAGGGAGCAGAUGUGAAUGCCUUUGACUGUGAUGGACAAAAUCCACUUCGAGAUGCCAUAUGCUCCAAGAGUUUGGAGGUGGUGGAAAUGUUAAUUUCUGCAGGGGCACGUUUGGAAAAAUCCCCAGAGGAAUUUGGGGCUGAGAUGUGCUAUCUUGCAUGCCUUGGAGAGAAAGAAGAGAUGGAGGCGUGGAAAAAGACUGGAGUCAGUUUUAAUGUUUCUGAUGCUCACGGUCGAACUCCUUUACAUGUGGCAGUGAGCACCAAUCAACCUGAAUUGGUGAAGUUCUGUAUCAGCAAUGGAUCAGAUCUUGAGCAAAGAGACGAGCGCAACAACAGGCCUGUAGAUGAUGCACAGAGACUAGGCUUACAACACUUGGUGGAGCUGUUGAGUCCUCAGGCCCUUUGGCUCAAGCAGGCCACAGAACAGUGAGGAAAUCCCUGUACUUGUCAAAGGUUUCAAAGUUUAAAGUUCAUCCAGAUAAUUAAAAGCAUUGUUUCAUAAGGAUAGGAAAAAAAGGUAGUGUGAACCAGAUGUUUUUAGAACAAAUAAAAAAGGUUAAUGAAACAAUA